UCUCUUUAAUGCAUUGGUUUCUAUGGUGGUGCUCUCUGCUGCCAUAGUCCGUUAAGGUCAAUUCAGUGGCCAGUCGGUGUAACUGCAAGUAAAUGUCCUCUGAAUCCAAGAUGGCUGAUAAACAGCCACCCCUGCUGACCACUGUUGGCAUGUCCUGUCAAUCCUUCUAUACUGGAAGAGCUGAAAGACUGAUGUGGAGAGCAAUAAGGUACCUCACUAUCUGCGAGCAGUUCCUGGCUUUGAGCAGCUGUUUGACUGUGUACGGCUACGACAUCCUGACGCGGCUGGAGCAGCGUAAGGCCAGGAUCACGUCUACCUUCAGAUCCCACCAAGAAGGUGACGAAAGAGUUCGCCGGUAUCACUUCCGACACAGCCGCCUGGUGAGUGAUUAUGUCAACUGCUCUCCUCAUCCAGGACCUUCUGGACACCUUCGGCAGGAAAGCGAUGACCUGGCCAUACCCAUGUUAGAUGCUCCCGCCAUCCAGGAGAUCUGGUGUACACAGAGUCCUUCCACCUCUUCCAGUUCAUUCCAGAAACACAAAGUGCUAACCAGCUCGAGGUUCGUGGCUCAGACGGGAAUCCAGCUCUUUGAGCUGAACCAGAGGACUCUGCCCCAGUGGUUCACCAGACAUCAGAGAGGUGGAGGGAGCAGGAUGGGAAUCAUCUCUCCUCCACCCGUGUCCGUCCAGCCUCUCUCUCCGAUACAUUAUAUUAAAUAUAAUGUCCUGAUCAUCACAGAAUAUUUUCUAUUUUUAUAAUUGUAUAAAAUAGUUUGAAGUUUAUUUAUCCAAUAUCUCUCUUUAUAUUGCUUUCGAGACCAUGUCCUACAUC